CAUCUCUGACCAAGAUGAGCCCCUGCUCCGAGGCAGGGAAACCCUGUAACCCCUGUCUGGAUGCGGCGAAGGCUUGUAACCUUAACGAGACGUGUAAACGUCUCCGAUCUGCCUAUAACUCCAUCUGCAGCAAGACCACGCCCCCGCAGCCCUCUGCGGGCUAUCAGGAGCCGUGUAGCAGGAAGCGGUGUCAGAAGGCCCUGCGACAGUUUUUCGAGCGGGUGUCAUGGGAGCUGAGCUACCCCCUGCUGUUCUGCUCAUGCCCGGACCAGGCGUGUGCUGAGCGUCGCCGUCGCACCAUUGUCCCGUCCUGCUCACACCAGGAGAGGCACAAAGCCAGCUGUCUGGAGCUGCGGCGCACCUGCCGCUCGGACGCCCUGUGCAGGUCUCGGCUCGCUGAUUUCCACAUGAACUGCCAGGUGACACCUCACACCGUCACCACCUGCCCUCACGAUAACUACCAUGGCUGCCUCAUGUCCUAUGUCGGCCUCAUUGGCUCGGAUGUAACGCCAAACUACAGCGACAGCAGCCCGUCCAACAUCACUAUGAGCCUGUGGUGCACCUGCAGGGGCACCGGCCACCAGGAGCACGAGUGUGAAGCUUUCCACCGCGAUUUCACACACAACACCUGCCUCAAAAAUGCCAUCCAGUCGUUUGGUUACAGCUCGGAGGGAGGAACUUUUCUCGUAACCGAGCCAUCAUCCACUUUCCUGCCCCCUGCCGGGCCUCCAGUCAUCGCCAAACCUGCUCCCUCUCUGCAUGGAAAUGCAAUCAAACCCCUGGACAGUGCUUGUAUGUUUUCCACUUGUGCGAACCUGCAGGAUGGAGGACAGAAGUGCAUCCCCUCUGAUGACUUCGAGUGCGAGGAGGCUCUGUUGGCCCAGGGCUCGAUAGACUCUCAGGACUCUGCAGGGCCCAGAAGCAGCAGCCGGCCAUCAGCCCCACUCCUCCACCUCCUCCCUGUGACUGUGUGUGUGUCCAUCCUGCCAGCAUUCCUGUUCCACGUCUCAUAAAUGUGAACUAGCAUACACACACAUUUACACACACACACACACACAUACACACACAUUUACACACACACACACACACA